CGUUUUCCUAUUACCGCCACGUAGGUGCUUCUUAGACCUUUGGGGACGGUAGUUUGGUUAUCCGUUUGGACGUCCGGGAAACCAACGGAUUAGAAGGACUGUUAAAGUUCCCUGACUGCUGCUUCCUUUCCAUUACUGUUGCCAACACGAAUGAUCUGGAGCCGCCAUUGCUGUCCAACCACUGGUAUCAGCUAAGAAACCAACUCAAUUGCUGCCACUGCUGCCAUCACCAGGAAUAGUCUGCUUCCAUUACCACCAUCAUCCUGUCUACUGGUUUCCAGUCCCAAGCAUGCUGUCAUCAGUUACCAUCUGCACCGCUGUAGCUGCUUCCAUUGGGAUCUGAUUGGGACAGGCCUUCGAGAAUUUGAAUCACCUACGCAUGGAGCACAAAGAUGAUGAUGAUGAUGAUGAUGUGUCUUUCGCCAAAUGGAUGAGCAGCUUCUGGGGUCACAGCUGGACAGAAGAGAAUGAGAGAGGACUCCGGGACCGCCACGGAUCACAAGAUGCCACUUACAGGAAAACCUCCCUGCUCUGCCCAUUUCCUGUGCUUCCCAGAAUCACAUCGUCUGUCAGCCAUCCCAGAAGGCAUUCUCAUGAGGACCAAGGAUUUCGAUGCCAUACCCACAUGCUGGAUUUCAGAAAAUGCUCAGUGGGUGAGUCAUUCAAGGAGCCACUGGAAUCAAAAGGAAGCUCCCAUUCCAAAAUUCAAGCAUUUUCAGAGUCCUUUGAACAGCAACUGUGCUUUAGAACCAAAUGCUCUGUCUCUUUGGGACCUGAGAGCAGAAAGGAGAGAAGCAAAAGGGAAUGCCUGAGGAUGGAGAUGAAAUCUCGAAAGAAAGUGGAGGAAAGAAGGAACCCUAAGAAGGAAGAACAUGGAGAAGCAUACAUGCCCCCCUUGCUUGAAAAAGAUCCCAAAUAGUAUUUUGUUUCCACAUCAUGUCUCCGGAUGCCACUGUGGUUUUCGGGCCCCAGUACGCCAGGCCAGGUGGUGGUAGCUGUGAAGGAGUGCCCGCAGAGGCUGAGUGACUGCAGGGGGCGGUCAGGGCCGCUGCUCCCCCACAUGACUCAUACCCGACUCUGACUGCUUCUGAUGUCUUAGUUGAGAGUGUGAUCUGCUCUGUUGUCCUUUUAUGGGACUAAGGAGAAUGAAAGGUAUUUUAAUAGAAUAAGUUGUUCUUAAAAAUGUAAAGAAAGGUAUUUAAAGAGCCACCCACCCAUCUUCGCUAACUCUUCUUCCACAUCAACCUUGCAAAUAAUUUUAAAUAAAAGUCAUU